UCACUGCUUAUCCACAUGCACUGCAAACUGGGAGACAGGAGGAAAAUCAGAGGAUUAGCAAGAGGACAGUGGACACGUUUUACAAGGCUAACAUCGUGACCUUUCUUGGCAUUGAAUGCUGAGCUACUUUGAAUAUCUGACUGCUUCUUUUGUACCUGAAUGGCAAUUGAUCAGUUUGAGAAAUCUGCUCCAGCUCUGGCUACUGGGCAGCUGGGAAAAUAUUUUCCUUUAUUUCCCUCAUUUGUGUCUAGGCAGACAUUGCUGCACACCCUUGGGAGAUUCCACUUAUUUCCUAUUGAGGGCACGGUGCAGUGUGUCAGCAGAAGGCAUGCAGCUGUAUUCCCUGUACAGCAAGUGAAUUUGCUUUGCAGUCCUCAGGUCUGAUGGUCACUGUGGAUCGGACUGGGUGAAGUCAUGGGCAGGACAUGAAGGAGAUACUGUGGCUGCAGGCUGGAGCCUGAGAGCAAAAUGCUGGAGAAGAUUCAGAAGGCACUCAUGAUCCGUAGCUGCACCAUCAGGGAGCUGCUGGCAGAAGCACUGGGGAUGUUCAUCCUCAUGGUCUUUGGCUUGUCUUCUGUGGCACAAGUGGUAUUAGGAAGAGGAGACUUUGGGCAGCAUCUGAGCGUCAAUUUGGGAUUUGGCAUUGGUGUUACCUUGGGCAUCCAUGCAGCUGGAGGAAUCUCUGGAGCUCAUCUGAAUGCUGCCAUCACCCUCACACACUGCAUUUUCGGAAACCUCCCCUGGAGAAAGCUCCCAGCUUACCUGAUCGGCCAAUUCCUGGGGUCCUUUACAGCAGCAGCCACCGUCUUCGGCCUCUACUAUGAUGCUCUGUACAACUACACCAAGGGGAACUUUACAGUGACGGGACCAACCGCCACGGCAUCCAUCUUCUCCACUUACCCCGCUCCCUAUGUAUCCUUGCCGGGAGCCUUCUUCACAGAGUUCACGGCGACAGUGAUGCUGUUCCUGGGCAUUCAGAUCAUCCAUGACGAGAAAAACAAUGGAGCCCUGAAAGGCACGCAGGCCCUGCUCACGGGUAUCCUGGUCCUGGGCAUCGGCCUGGGGAUGGGGAUGAACACAGGCUAUGCCAUAAACCCCUCUAGGGACCUGCCCCCUAGGGUCUUCACAGCAAUUGCUGGCUGGGGAAUGGAAGUCUUCACGGCUGGACAUCACUGGUGGUGGGUCCCACUUACAGCUCCGAUUCUGGGAAGUCUUGCUGGUGCUUUAAUCUACAAACUCUUCAUUGAUUUUCACAACCAACCUGUCCUGGAAAGUGGAAAUGAGAAAGGCCAGGCAGUGGUGGAGACUUCUACGCUGUGAUGGUCACAUGCUCCGAUGGAAGGGCUUGACAGCAAAGCCUAUAGGGAUGUAUGGACUGACAGCUGAAGGGAAACAAGUGGAUAAGGGCAUGUGCAAUGGUGCUGCUGGAGCGCACUGUUUCUCCAGCCUGCAGGUGGUAAAUGAGGGACUAGUCUUCAAUAAACCUACAAACCUACUCUGCUUAACCCGAUAAACUGGGUCUCUGAGACACUGGGCAGAUCUGGGUAGAGCUAGACCUGUCUGUGACCCAAAGAAAUUAUUCAAUCUCCCUGUGUAAAAAAUAUACAAAAAAAAAAAAAAAAUCGCCACAUACUGGAGAAAAGCAAAGCAGAGCUGCAACAUUCCAGAUACCUGUAUGUUCAUAGAAAUCAAAAUACAGGAUCCAACAGUGGCAGAAACAACUUAGUUAAUUAAAGAAAUUUUGAUCUGGAAUAUUCUUUGGUAAGAGGUAGAUACUAUGCUGAUGGAUCAGGGGCGUAAACUUGCUUCAAUUUGCUAAUCUGCCAUGCUAACCAACACCUAGUUUGGCAGAGCACAGACAAGAGCAAGGACAGUCUGAAAUAGAAACCUGAAUCUGAUUUUGCUUUUCAUGCUUGGUUUUGUUGUUUUUUUUUUUUUUUUCUUUUUGGUCUGAACACUCAGGAAGCACCAAAAAGUUAGUAAACUAAACUACAGGGUCUCCUGAAUCCUGGCACAGUUCUGCUGGAACAUGUCAGUGUCACGGAACUAUGCGUGUUACCGACAGGCUAGACUUUACUAUCACCAUAUGAAAGGAUUCAGACAACUUCUGUGGCAGCAUCCCCAAAUAGUUAAACAAAAAAUACCAAAACCAAACCCCAACCCUUUUCUCCACUCUGAAUGCAUGAGAAGUGUGGGAAAGUGCCGUGCUCCUGUAGGAAUUCUGCCAUCUCCAUCUUAAUAAGCAAUUGGGCCUGCAACAGCCUUACAAGUUUGAGGUAUCAUUGGAUUAAAAGUAAAACAGUACCAGAAGCUGCCUGUUCCCAGGGGGUUACAACUAGAAAGUGCUUAAGCAAGUAUGGUAUGUAUGCCAAGCACGUGACUGCAGUCCAAGGGUGGGUACCGUGAACACACAACCCAGGGAUCUCCAAGAGUAGGAAGUGACAGAACAUUGCUACUGCACAGAAUUCCAGAAAAUGGCAUUUACUGGCUUUAAUGAUCAUUCACAUCUCACUAUGAAAAGGAUUCCUAAUGUAUUACUGUGGCAUGGGGUGAGGUGGAAGGUGCUGACAUCUCUGCUUCCUCAUUAGAGCUGACCUUAUGUUAGUAAAGCAGCGACAGCACAUCUUCACCCGGCACAAGACACAUAUUGGCUUAAGAGGGCUGAAGAGCAUUAGAGGAUUUCCCUCAUUUGGGGGUGGCAGACAGCAGCUGCCAAGCAAUGCAGCAACUGCACUUGAGGGUGGUCCCUGGGCAGUGCUGGAAGCCAGCAAAGCGUGCCGGAGCUGGGGCUGAUGGCUGCAGAGAUUUUGAACAGAGAGUGCAGGACAGAAGUGGAACAGCUGUCACACAGCCGAGUCUUUUGGUCUAUGUGAACUAAACUGGGAACUUCAGAGUAGCUCAAGAUGGGAUUAGCUAAAAGACACCAUAAUCCAUCCCUGCUCAGUGACAGAUUCUCCACUGCAUUAAAAAAAACCCCAAACAAUCCAGCCUGCACCCUGCUCUUACCAUACAUUCUUGUGCAUGCGCUCCCAAAAGCAUCUUCAAUCACUCUGGAGGAAAAUAUUAAAAUCUUUAUUAAAAUACUAUUAAGCACUUACAGGGUGGCUUCGUCUUUCUGAAGGCCGUACAAAUACUUGUGAAAGCCUCACAACAUCCCUGUGAGGUAGGUUUGUCUUAUGUAAUUAUGUGACUGUUUCAUAAAGAAAAGAUGAUGCUGUUUAAA